AUGGAGCUGUUGAGAUUUGUGUUCGUGUUGGUGUUGAGUCUGUGUGUAGCCGCAGCUGCGCCAUCCUGCAUUUGGACACACUUCAGACUCCCAACGCUGAACAAAAAGAGCAUUGGACUGCUGGAGAGCAUGAAUGAAAACUUGCUCCCGAUUUCUCUUGAAGCGUUUAAUGGAGUCGCCAAAAUCUUCAAUAACAACCACACAUCAGUCACAUGGGACACAAACAACCUGAGUCUCUUCAAGACCAUCAUCGAUAGACAAGUGGACAAUCUGCAGAAAUGCGUAGGGAAACAGGUCCAGACAGUGAUGGAUAAAUCUGCGAGCAACAGCACUGAUACACUCAGGUCCUAUUUUGUAAAACUGGAAGAGCGACUGAAAGAGCAGGAGUUCAGCUCAUGCGCCUGGGAGAUAGUGAGAAAAGAGGUGCUGGAUAGUCUCGAGACGUUGCAGACUUUCAUAGAGAGCAAGAACUGAAGUGGACCAGAGACCAACAAAACUUCU